GUCUGAAGCUCAAUGCUCGUGAUCGGAACACCAAGAAUUUCACGACAUUUCAGGCACGGGAAAACGCCAGUAGCACAAUGUCUGAACCACGAGUUCCAAAGCUCGACGCAGCUGACAAGGAGAAGCUAAAGAAGGCCUUUGAUGUCUCCCAUUUCGACUUCAAUGCCAUAUUGCGGGGUGCACAGCUCACCCUGGUUGGAGCCCACAGAGCUCUACAGAAUCCCAGCAUCUUCACCAACACGCACUAUAAACAAGCCGCCAUAGCAGUCGGAGCUGGCAUCGCCAUCCGCCUUCUCAUCGCCCUGCCAAUCUAUGGCGUCAAGCUCCUCCUGCUCAUCACGUCUCUCUUCUACGACCUGGACAAGACGACAUGGGACAAUACUCUGGUAAACGGCCUGGACAUGCUUGCCAACCACAUCCUGCAAGUCCCACUCUUCCUCAUGACCUUGAUGCGCUACGUCACCCCGACACUUGACAACAUGUUCAUGGAGUCUCUGCGCUGGGUCGACCACACAUACGUUGAAAAGCACAAGCACGAGAACCCGGACACCCUGCGUGACAUGUACUACCCCAACCUGCGGCAGUACAAACAAAAGGAUGGCAGCACGCACUCGACAAGCACCGCCGAGUCCAUCAGCAUGCUGCUCUACCGCUACGGUCGGCGUGCUGCCAUCUCUCUUGCGGUGUUUGGGCUGUCCUAUCUCCCCUACGUUGGGCGCCUUGUUCUCCCGGCUUGCAGUUUCUACACCUUCAACAAGGCCGUCGGACUCGGCCCUGCCUCGGUGAUCUUUGGCACAGGCAUCUUCCUUCCGCGACAUAUUCUCGUGAGAUUCCUGCAGACAUACUUCGCCUCCCGUGGCCUCAUGCGCGAGCUGCUUGAGCCGUACUUCGCGCGCGUCCACUUCACCAAGGAACAAAAGAAGAACUGGUUCCGCAAUCGUGAGGGGCUACUUUUCGGCUUCGGUGUCGGUUUCUACACAUUGCUCCAGGUCCCGCUCCUGGGUGUGCUGAUCUACGGCAUCGCAGAAGCCUCGACCGCGUACCUGAUCACCAAGAUCACUGACCCUCCCCCCGCGUCCAACGCGCCGUCCGCAGAGAUGAGGCAGUAUCUCGAGAGUCAGCAGGUCUGGCGCAACAAACAUGAGCUGGUUAACGCUUCUUUGGGUGCCCUGGACUCCAUUCGUCGUGAGAAGCCGCCUUCUUACGAAGAGGCUACGAAAGCGGAUAGUACUGGUGUGGCUACUACAAGUGGGAGCAGCACCUCAAGACGGGAGCUGUAGUCUGACAGACGGCAGUCUCGCUACGGCUCGAAUUUUGGUCUCGGAGGCUCACAUACCUUAGGAGGUU